GCUUGCAGGCGCCACUUCUCUUACAAGAACUGGCCUUUGAUACUUCUUUUCUUCCUCCCGCUUUAGAUUUCCCUGAUUCAGCUUGACAUAUUGUGGUGGGAGGCAGGGAAGGGGGCUUAUGAGUUGAAACAGGAGAAGAUUUCCUCAAAAAUUGAACACCUCUCUAUUUUCCUACCUAGCCUGGCUCUCUGAGGUGCUGGACUUUCAGAUUUAUUUUUUUGUUCGCUUUUCCUGGAAGUUAUGAAUGUGGGAUGCAUGGAUUUUUUUUGCAAAAGCAGCAGGAAACAGAACAGGUGUAAAUUGUCCGUGCCAGGCUCCUUGGAUAGCUGGAAAGCAAUCUCCAGGUCAGGCCUCCAGCACUUGGCUCCUGUGCAUUCCCUCAACAUUGCAGUCUCCAAUGGACCUGUGAAGGAACCAAGGGCGGCCUUAGAGUGGACUGAAAAUGCUGUGAACGGAGAGCAUCUGUGGCUGGAGACAAAUGUUUCUGGGGACCUCUGCUACCUGGGGGAGGAAAGCUGCCAAGUCAAAUUCUCGAAAUCUGCUCUGCGGAGGAAGUGUGCUGCCUGCAAAAUUGUGGUCCACAAUGCCUGCAUGGAGCAGUUAGAGAAGAUUAAUUUUCGCUGCAAACCGACUUUCCGAGAAGGAGGCUCCAGAUCUCCAAGAGAAAACUUUGUCCGACACCACUGGGUGCACAGGCGGAGGCAGGAGGGGAAGUGUAAGCAGUGUGGAAAGGGCUUUCAGCAGAAAUUCUCCUUCCAUAGUAAAGAGAUUGUGGCCAUCAGUUGUUCCUGGUGCAAGUUGGCGUUUCACAAUAAAGUCACCUGUUUCAUGCUACAUCACAUUGAGGAGCCAUGUUCCCUGGGGGCUCACGCUGCUGUCAUUGUGCCUCCCACCUGGAUCAUUAAGGUGAAGAAACCUCAGGUGGUCUCCAUACCAGGAGACGAGCCUGAUUGGGCAGGAGACUGGAGCCCCGAAGGGGAAACGGGCGUCUCCUACCCCUAUUGGGAGGGUUGGCAGAACUCAUUAAAGACUUCAACACGGCGAAAGAAGAGAACAUCUUUUAAAAGAAAAGCCAGCAAAAGAGGCAAUGAAGAUAACAAAGGUCGGCCAUUUGUGAUAAAGCCUAUCUCCUCUCCACUCAUGAAGCCGCUACUGGUUUUUGUCAAUCCAAAAAGUGGAGGGAAUCAGGGCACCAAGGUUCUCCAAACAUUUAUGUGGUAUUUGAAUCCACGCCAGGUCUUUGAUCUCUCUCAGGAAGGGCCAAGAGAUGCGCUGGAGCUGUACAGAAAAGUGCCAAACUUGCGGAUCCUGGCCUGCGGCGGGGAUGGGACGGUGGGCUGGAUCCUCUCCAUCCUCGAUGAGCUGCAACUCAGCCCCCCACCUCCUGUGGCUGUCCUUCCGCUUGGCACUGGGAAUGACCUUGCCCGCACCCUCAACUGGGGUGGGGGUUAUACAGACGAGCCAGUGUCCAAGAUCCUGUGCCAUGUAGAAGAUGGGACCAUUGUACAGCUGGACCGCUGGAAUCUCCAGGUUGAGCGCAACCCUGAUUUGCCACAGGACGAGCUGGAGGAUGGGGCACGUAAGCUUCCACUCAGUGUCUUCAAUAAUUACUUUAGCCUUGGAUUUGAUGCACAUGUUACACUGGAGUUCCAUGAAUCUAGAGAAGCAAAUCCAGAGAAAUUCAACAGCCGAUUUAGAAAUAAAAUGUUUUAUGCAGGGGCAGCCUUUACAGACUUUCUGCAAAGAAGCUCAAGAGAUUUAUCCAAGCAUGUUAAAGUUGUGUGUGAUGGUACAGACCUGACUCCAAAGAUCCAGGAGCUGAAGUUCCAGUGUAUAGUGUUUUUAAACAUACCCAGGUAUUGUGCUGGCACAAUGCCCUGGGGAAACCCUGGAGAUCACAGAGACUUUGAGCCUCAGCGCCAUGAUGAUGGCUACAUUGAAGUCAUUGGGUUCACCAUGGCCUCACUGGCUGCUCUCCAGGUGGGUGGUCAUGGAGAGAGGUUGCAUCAGUGCCGUGAGGUGACACUUUUAACAUACAAGUCUAUUCCCAUGCAAGUGGAUGGCGAACCAUGUCGAUUGGCCCCCUCACUCAUUCGAAUCUCCUUAAGGAACCAAGCCAACAUGGUGCAGAAGAGCAAGAGGAGAACAUCCAUGCCUUUACUGAAUGAUCCUCAUUCCAUCCCAGACCGUCUGCGGAUCAGAGUGAACAGGAUUAAUUUACAAGAAUAUGAGGGGCUACAUUACGACAAGGAAAAACUCCGGGAAGCUUCCAUUCCCCUAGGAAUUAUAGUGGUACGAGGAGAUUGUGACUUGGAGACCUGUCGUAUGUACAUUGACCGUCUGCAAGAGGACCUGCAAUCAGUAACUUCUACUACACAGAGAGUUCAUUACCAGGACCAAGAAAGCUCUUUCCCCAGAGUACUUUCUGUUCAGAGGCUCUCUCCUAGAUGGUGCUUCCUAGAUGCAACUUCUGCUGAUCGUUUUUACCGCAUUGAUAGAUCUCAGGAACAUUUGCACUUUGUGACGGAAAUUUCGCAGGACGAGAUUUUUAUUCUGGACCCAGAGAUGGUAAUGUCACAGCAGGUGGGGACGCCACCAGGAAUGCCUGAUCUGGUAGUGGAGCAGGCCUCUGGAAUAUCAGAUCGGUGGAACCCUGCGGUUCGAAAGAGGAUGCUGAGCGACAGUGGCCUCGGCAAGAUUUCCCCACACUACGAGGUACCUGACAAACAAAAGGACGCCAGCCAGACACAUAUGCUGCAGUCACCGGUCUCUUCAGAAGAUCAAGCACUUUUACAGGCAGUCAUAGCUGGUGAUCUGCUGAAGUUCAUAGAAUGCUGUAAAAAAGGAGCCAAUUUGUUAAUCCAAGGACCCGAUCACUGCUCCUUGUUGCACCAUGCUGCCAAGACUGGGCAUGGCGAGAUUGUGAAAUACAUUCUGGAGCACGGUCCAUCUGAAUUGCUGGACAUGACAGACAGUGAAACGGGUGAGACAGCAUUACAUAAGGCAGCCUGCCAGCGCCAUCGUGCCGUCUGCCAGCUCCUGGUGGAUGCGGGAGCCUCUCUGAGAAAGACGGACUCCAAGGGUAAGACCCCUCGUGACAGGGCUCAGCAAGCUGGUGACCCAGAUCUGGCCUCCUACCUGGAGAGUCGACAAAACUACCAAAUGGUUUCCCAUGAGGAUCUGGAGACAGCAGUCUGAUGUCUGAAAACAUCAAAGAGGAUCCUUGGAAAUCGCAAGGCUGCACCUGAGGCACUCGGGCAUCAUGUGAGGAAGAAGCUGAUGGAAUCAAAGUGUCUCUCACUCUCGUGGAAAAUACCUGAGGACAUGCCACCAGUUUCUAAGGGCUACUGAGUCUUGCCACGGAACGGUUAAGUUCCAUAAGUUAGCCCAUGAUGGAUAAGGCGGGACACGUUCAAAGGUCUGUGGAAUCCAUGGGCCACGGAAAUUUACCUUUAUUGCUUCCAGCAAGUAGCAUGAACUUCUCCCAUGUUCAUCUGUACAAUUUAUUUAAAAAAAAAAAAAAAAAAAGGAAAGAGAAAAGAGGAUGUGGGGGAACCAAACUAACUGGGACAUUAAGACACCCAACCAGGCCCUCCUCCAUCUCUACAGUUUCCUGCAUUCCUUUUAUUCUCCCAUUCCCCUCACUUGUCAUCAGUUAAAUAGUACCUGUUAUCUCUGUGUUAAGUCUUCACAAAUGGUCAGGCAGUAGCAAAAAAAAUUUUAGGAGCUCUGGAUGCCCUUAGGAAAAACCCUAGUGUUUUUACUGGCUGCGUUCCAUCCCUUGCCAUCCAUCCUCUUGGAAGCUGCGUCCUCAGUGCUCAGUCACAGAGGAGUUUUCUCAGUUUUGGAGGGGACUCUGUCUAUUGUCUUUUUUUCCCAGGGUGUGGGGCACAGUGAGAUUUACAGCAGUAACAAAACCUAACUUCCUCAUUGUUGCUGGGUAUGUGGUUCCAAUAUCCUUGUGAGUGAGACAGUCAUUUGAAUUGAAAGGAGUUAUAUGGGAUACACCACGUUGUAUGGCAGAGCAGAAAGUUGCCAGUAAGGUUUCUCACACCACCAUUGCGCAUAUAAUGACUAACCCAGUUCUGCUUAGGUUUCAGACCUGUCUAAAAGUUAAUAGCUAUUUUUCACUUUUGAAAAGAGGGGUUUUACACUGGGGAGAGAUCCAGGCAAGAGGAAGGGGGUUCUGAUGGACUGACUUACGGACCCAGUCCCCUUUGCAUUACGGCCAGAGGUAGGAAGGAGACCAAGAACAUCAGCAGUUAGCCUAGGCUUGCUGCUGUCAACAAACAAAUGAUCACCACCCCAGUCACGCUGGGAACAGGAAAACCAUCUUUGUCUGAACCUGUAAACUGUCCGAUUCCCCAAAGGAACAAAGUUUCAGAGAGGCUGUCCCACUGGAGAAGGACAAACAGCAGCUCUUUGCCUCAUUACCCACUGUAAGCUCAGAAAUGUAAAGUUGCUUAGCUGCUGUAAAGGCCAGCCGCGUCUUCUGUACUUGUCUGUUCUCUGUCUUACCUCAAAGAUUAUAACCACAAAAGGAGAGAAAGCAAACACACACGCACACAGGCAUACACAAAAUGUUCACCUUUAGGUUUUCUAUCACUACAGACAAGUCAGCUGCCAGAAAUAGCAGAGCUUCCACUUCCACUUUGUCUGACCAGUUCCCAUGAACAUGCUGACAGCCCACUUUUGGCAUAAUUCUUGCAAUAUAUUUUUGAAUUUUGCUUUGUUUUUUUUUGAAAGAUCCACCGGUGUUUGUUUUCACACACCUACGUGUAGCUGUCUAGUAGAUCGUGAUCAUCGGGAUUACGUGCAGUUUGGAAACCAUGAAAAUAACUCAGGUCAUUAUUCAGAUAAGUUUUUCUUCCUUGGUAGAAGCUGCGGAAAUGAAAUUAAUGCAAAUGUUUUCUUUUCUUUUUUUUUUUUUUUUAAACAAGACUGAUUGUUGUGGCAGAGAGGGAGGAGCUGAAAAAAUACAUUUUUUAUUUUUUUUCUGUUUUCAAAAGUUCAUUUGAUAUGAGCAAAGUAUUUCUUUAGUAUUUCUUCCUCUGGAAGGAAACUAUAUGUAUUUGUAAUCUAUAGAUCAAUGGCGACAUGAAAUGUAUUUUGUCUUAUUUUCUGUCCUUACCUUUCUCGUUUAAAAAAUAAAAUACGAAAGCCAAAUUCCUUCCCUUGACAAUCAUCCAGGGGCUCGUGGCAGAGGUCAGUAUGCAUAUAUUAUUUUAAAACAGAAUUUGGCAACUGUUAAAAUAAAAAAUCAGAGUAUAAUUUUGGUGUAUGUGAAAUUUCCACAAGGCAGAUCCUCACGCUGUGGUUUCAUGGUAAGCCUUGCAUCAUUUCCCAGCUGUGAGGAAAGACAUUGCUGUAAUAUUUCUAUAUAUUUGAUGAAAACCAAGACUUUUAUUAGUAUCAGAUUUAUCUUUUUGCUUUGUUUUACUGAAGUGAGAAAUGGAGGAAGCGUCAAUGACACCAAGGGCUGGGUUCUGUCCUGUGCUGAGGCCAGAUGGGUGCCUGAGCAGAGGACGGUCAGUGAGCCCGUUGCAGGUCCCUGGUCCUUUAGACCCAUGAAGCAGGUGGAGCAGCAAAGGCUUGCUCUAAUUACAGGUAGCUUCCAGAGGCCACAUGUGAAUUAUGGUAAGGGACCUGGGUCUGGUCCCUCUCUGUCCUCAGUGGUCCUCCCCUCGGUGAGACAUCCCUUGUACCCAGGGGGGUGGCUGCAGCAGGGGCUGGCUCUGCAGUAGCUCGGCAGGACAGGCAGAUUUCCUGAGGUCCUUUGAGCCAUUUGAACCGUUCAAAGGAGCUUAGAGCACACGAGAGAAUCUGGCUUGCCUUUUUCCCUGGCAGCUGGAGUACAAUGCUAUGAUCAGAGUGAACCUGUUGUUCCUCUGGAAAGCCGCCCGUGCUGUGUGCUCAGUAGGAGGCAGUUACUGUAGGAUGAAAAUAAACCCCAGCACUGUAGACAGGACAGGAGCUGGCUGUAUGUAGUGCCUUUAAUAUUCAAGGCCUCACAAAGCAUUGCACACAUAAUGCAUUAGAUACUGGUGAUGUAUUGUAUUUGUAGAUAACAGAGUACAUACAUUGAUUUUUGCAAUGGCUCGACACACGGUCAGGGAUAUCAGAAGCUGGUUCGCUGAGGGAAGGAGUUUGGGGCCAGGAUGCUGCAGGAUUAUUCCUUACCCCUCUUCAAGUGCUAUGGGAUUCUUGAUUUCGGACAGCCACCAGAAGCAGACAGACUCUGCAGCAGUUAAAGUCGACACGUGCGUAUUGAAUCUCUUGAGCACUCGGGGUCUAGCUUAGUACAGCGUCAUUGUGCCUGCGCUGUGCAGGGCCCACAUUUCAGUGUGCAGCUGAGAACCCACUUAAAUUACAUAUAAACAUUUUGAUUUACUAAAAGUGUCUGUUCUGUGGCUGUGUCUAUUUAUGUGUGUAUGUUACUAUAUAUAUGUAUAUUUAUAAAUAUUUGUAUGCAUAUAUAUAGACUCACACACACACGCGCACACACUUUUAGAACUGUGCUAUUUGAAUGACAAAGUACCUAGAGAUGCUCAGCUACUGGGGUUGCUGGACUGACAAAAUGUCAUUUUCCAUUUAAUUUUUUGUUAAAGGGGACCCUUUUCAGCAGAACUGAGGAGCUCCUGAAUUGUUCCAUUGUACUGGUUUUACUAUCUCAUUUUGGACUUAAAUGGAGGGAAAGAAAAUAUUUAUAAUGUUGAUAAAAUAAACUUACUUUUGUUAUUUAAUA